CCUGGCUUGAGCUCAAAGCACUCAUGGAAAACAAAGGUUCUUUGGGUCGUGGAUGAACACUUGCCGUAAAAACCCAACCGUGCCAUGGCAAUCCACUCCCCACCAUCCUCGCUAUUAGAUCUCAGACGGCAGCCAAGUCGGACCAGCUGCCACUCACCGACAUGGCCAUGCCUCCUUUGGAUAUUCUGCAUGUGGGUCAGCCCAGCUUUGAUGGCACACCAGCACUCACACCCGCAUUCGAUCAAAAUCCCAGGCGACGUUACACUUGGUGGGCUCUUCCCUGUGCACUCCAAAGGGCCCUUGGGUCAAGCAUGUGGUGAGAUUAAAAAGGAAAAAGGAAUCCAUCGUAUGGAAGCCAUGCUGUAUGCACUGGACCAAAUCAACAGUGACCCCGAGCUGCUGCCCAACAUUACUCUGGGCGCACGAAUUCUGGACACUUGCUCACGAGACACAUACGCACUGGAGCAGUCGCUCACUUUUGUCCAGGCACUUAUUCAGAAAGAUACGUCUGAUAUCCGGUGCUCCAAUGGUGAGCAACCAAUCAUACGCAAGCCGGAGCGUGUGGUGGGUGUGAUCGGGGCAUCAGCCAGCUCUGUCUCCAUCAUGGUGGCCAACGUACUUCGGCUCUUUGAGAUUCCUCAGAUCAGCUACGCCUCUACAGCCCCGGAGCUCAGCGAUAACAACCGCUACGACUUCUUCUCAAGGGUGGUUCCUCCGGACUCGUACCAGGCUCAGGCCAUGGUGGACAUCGUGAAGGCACUUGGCUGGAAUUACGUCUCUACGCUGGCCUCCGAGGGCAACUAUGGAGAAAGUGGCGUGGAUGCGUUUGUUCAGAUCUCUCGAGAGGCAGGAGGCCUGUGCAUUGCUCAGUCUAUGAAGAUCCCCCGAGACCCCAAACCCGGAGAGUUUGACAAGAUCAUUAAGAGAUUAAUGGAGACCCCAAAUGCUCGAGGGAUCAUCAUCUUCGCCAAUGAAGACGACAUCAAGAAGGUCCUAGAUGCGGCGAGAAGGGCGAACCUGACAGACCACUUCAAAUUUGUUGGCUCAGACAGCUGGGGAGCAAAGAGCGCCCCCAUCCUGGGCAAUGAGGAAGUGGCCGAGGGAGCCGUCACCAUCCUGCCCAAAAGAGCCUCUGUGGAAGGGUUCGAUCAGUACUUCACAUCUCGCUCUCUGGAGAACAACCGCAGAAAUAUCUGGUUUGCUGAGUUCUGGGAGGACGAUUUUAGGUGCAAGCUGACACGUCCAGGCAUCAAGCUCGACCCAGGGAAGAAGAAAUGCACAGGUAAAGAGCGGAUCAGCCGUGACUCGCCGUACGAGCAGGAGGGGAAGGUGCAGUUUGUGAUCGACGCGGUUUACGCCAUGGCACACGCUUUACACAACAUGCACCAGGAUCUGUGCCCUGGGGCGACGGGACUGUGUGCUAAGAUGGACCCCGUAGAGGGACGUUUACUGCUCAGUUACAUCCGUGCUGUCAACUUUAAUGGCAGUGCUGGAACCGCUGUCCUUUUCAAUGAGAACGGAGAUGCUCCAGGACGCUACGACAUCUUUCAGUAUCAGUUCAGCAACACGAGCAGCCCAGGAUACAGAGUCAUCGGCCAGUGGACAAACCACCUCCGAAUCAGCGUGGAGGAGAUGCAGUGGUCCGGAGGUGAGCAUUACAUCCCUCCGUCUGUGUGUAGCUUCCCGUGCCAGCCAGGUGAGAGGAAGAAGAUGGUGAAAGGUGUACCGUGCUGCUGGCACUGCGAGCUCUGUGAUGGCUACCAGUACCAGGUGGGCGAGUUGUCGUGCGAAAUGUGUCCAUUCGACAUGAGGCCCACGGUGAACCACACUGCCUGCAUACCCACACCCAUCAUCAAGCUGGACUGGCACUCGCCCUGGGCUGUCGUGCCCAUGUUCCUGGCAAUCCUGGGCAUCGCCGCUACUCUGUCCGUAGUGAUCGUCUUUAUUCGCUUCAACGAUACACCCAUUGUGCGGGCAUCAGGGCGCGAGCUGAGCUACGUGCUGCUGACGGGCAUCUUCCUGAUCUACGUCAUCACGUUCCUGAUGAUCGCUGAGCCGAACAUGGCGGUGUGUGCUUUACGCAGGCUGCUGCUCGGCCUCGGGAUGUGCAUCACCUACUCGGCCAUGCUGACCAAAACCAACCGCAUCUACCGCAUCUUCGAACAGGGCAAGAAGUCAGUGACGCCGCCGAGGUUCAUCAGUCCUACAUCGCAGCUCGUCAUUACCUUCAUCCUCGUCUCCUUCCAGGUCAUUGGAGUGUUUAUUUGGCUCGGUGUGGUGCCGCCUCACACCAUUGUGGACUACGAGGAGCUGCGGCCGCCCAACCCCGAGCUGUCACGUGGCAUCCUGAAGUGUGACAUGUCCGACCUGUCGCUGAUCUGCUGCCUGAGCUACAGCAUCCUGCUCAUGGUGACAUGCACCGUUUAUGCUGUCAAAAGCCGAGGCGUCCCUGAGACCUUCAAUGAAGCCAAGCCCAUCGGCUUCACCAUGUACACUACCUGCAUUGUGUGGCUGGCCUUCGUGCCCAUCUUCUUCGGCACGGCACAGUCCACGGAGAAGAUGUACAUCCAGACAACUACGCUGACCGUCUCCAUGAGCCUGAGUGCCUCCGUAUCCCUCGGCAUGCUCUACAUCCCCAAAGUGUACAUCAUCAUCUUUCACCCGGAGCAGAAUGUGCAGAAACGCAAGCGUAGCUUCAAGGCUGUGGUUCAGGCGGCCACCAUGUCCACUCGUCUUUCACACACCAACAGUGAAAAGCACAACGGCGAGACUAAGAUGGAGCCAGACAGGACGCAGUAGCAGGUGGCCUGGAGCAAUCCACUCGGCUAAUUCGGACGGAACAAAAGUGGAAAAAGGAAAAAGCAGGACUCCAUUUGAGGACGACUAUAAGGAGGAUUC